ACCGCGAUCCACUUUACUACACACUUUUUCACGCACUUCGUCUCGUCGUUGACACAAAAGCACACUAUUUUUUCCGUUGCCUUGCCACAGUUCAUGCGGAAAAUUCAGUGAUUUUUUUUAUCUCGGUAGGAAAUUAGGACAGCAGAUUACAGGAUUGAAAGGAGAAAGAAGAAAUUAUGAGUGAGAUUUGCAACAACUUGAAGCCAACCGGGUCAGGUCAGCCAAGAAAUGCCACGACGGUUGACAUCCACAGCGUGAACAGGGGAGUUCCCUUUUGGGUCGAAUUUGGAGUUACUGCAGGUCUAGGCUUCGCAGUUUAUCUAGCACCCGCAAGUUAUGCAGCGUUACGGGAGUCGGCACAAGUCUGGUGGCCUCGAGUGUCCAAGUCUUUCAGUCUUCUUGUAUGCAAAGUUCGACGAGGAUUAGAGCCAAUGAUUCGCAGACGAAGAAAUGGAAGUAUCAUUCGAGUUAUUGCCGACUUGCUUCCAGAUUUCGUUUUUGGACCGACGCCAAGAAUUUUUAUUUCUGGAGUUAGCGCCAGCAACUACGACGGUGAUGUGGUUGGUCGUGGUCGUAUGUUUAACCUUUCCAGUGUUUCUACUGCAAUUGUUGGGGCUCGUUCUUCACAUGAUGAUGCACUUGAAAAUCCAGGUCAAUCCCGUGUGGAGGGUAUGAUUGUUGCAUUUGAAUUGGACGAAGAAAGUGAAUAUGCUGAAACUAUUGAUGAAAUUGAUGUUGGAAAGUUUGAAGAAGAGGAGGUAUCUAGCAAUCCUGAAGGCUGGGAUGCGUUUCCAUUAUUUCAACCAUGUGCUCACAGUACUAGAUUCAGGAGUUCAACUCCAGAUUUCAGUCUUCCUGAUUCCGAAAUUACCGACUCUGGUGAUAACAUCAAUGCUCAAGAGUUUGUGAGUUUGAAACAGACAGUUGAAAUGUUAAUGCUGCAAAUUAGUCAACUGAACCUGAAUAUAACACAAAAUCAUGCUGCGGUUGGAGCUGUAAGAGGAGGCAAUCCGCCAUCGCCUUUGCCUGAAGUAUCACGUCCAUUGCCUCCAGUUUCUGAAUCAAGCUCAAAUAAGUGUGUGCCUACUGCUGGAGCUCCUCCACCCCCUCCACCUCCUCCUCCCCCAAUGCCACCCACUGUGUUUAAAGGCUCUGCAGAUCCAAUUAAACUUACCAAAUCAUCACAGAAGCAAAAACCUGCGCCGAUAAGCAUGAUGGAUGUACUGAAAGACAUGAAAACAGUCCAACUUAAGAAAGGAGUACCAACAUCACCUGGAGGAACUCCUAUAAAGAAUCAAACGAAACCCAAAACUUCACUGGAAAAUGUAUUGUUUAAGCGAUUCCAUUCUAUGAACCCUCCGUCACCUGUCCCAAGCGAGGACGUAAGCUUUUCAGAUGAUGAUAAAGAAAAUGAAUUCAAUGAUUCUGCCCUUGUAACAUCCAAAAGUCCGAGGGGUCGUGCGCUGCCCCGGACUCUUUUUGGAGAAAAUAACUCGUCUAAUCAACUGCCACUAUUUGGACCUCAUUUACUCAAAUCAAGACGCGAUCAAAAUUGAUUCUCACUACAUAUCACAUAGUCAACUAUACUACUAAAAUUGCUAAAAGUGAAAUCGAAGACUGUUAUGUUUCAAAUUAGUUACUUGAUAUUAUCACUAAUAUGCUAUAGAAUACUGAAUGCUGAAGAUUGUAUAUAUUCUACACCUGUUUGUACAUAAAUAGAUAUUUAGUACUUUCCACUCGUUAAAUUAUUUUACCGUAUAACAAGCAUUGCCAGUAGCAAGCGCUAUUAUAAAAAAUCGGGUAUUUGUUAACUAAAUAUGUGUAUAAUUUAUAAGUAUAUUGUUACUUGUGUCUCACCAUUGCGCAUUGAUAAUAUUACCCUUGCCAUAUUUUUUAAAAUGUUAUAGCUAAAAGUUAAAAAAUAAUAAUGCAGAUUAGAUCCGCUUUUAAUUGAACAA